CGAGAGUUGGCAUCUGACUUGGAAUUAUAAGAACUCACAAGUCCUGCAACGAAUUUCUCUUCAUCAUUGCACUCGUUUCCGACCUCUUCUUCACUCUAAAAUUCAUUCAUCACCAUCUUCAACAUGUCUGCCGACAAAGCCCCUGCGGAGAAGCUUCCUCUUGCUACCAGAAAGAAUGUUCGCGAUGGUUGGGAAGCCAAGAAAGGAGACCUCGAGACCCAGAUGGAAGCUCUUGUAGGUGUAAAAUGGACAUUUACCUGCAAUUCCCUAGCCAUCUAUCCCUAUGCCGAGCCAAACUCCUACGGAUUUAACUCUCUCGGAGAUUGCAUCUUUGCUUACUUCGACGGCCUAAUCUGGUCCUUGAAAUCCUUCGUAGAGAAGCACGGCCCGUCUGGAGUCGCAGAACUCAACAGCGUCUGCCCAACACAUACUUGUACUCUCCUUGCUUCCACAAAAUUCUCUUACUGCGGAUCCAUGGUCGCAGAUGGACAACUGCAACUUGUCUUCAACCCCAAGCAACUUGGAAGCAACGUCUCCUACGUAGCCCAAGACCUCGACAAAGCUCUCUCCGAAGCACCACAGCCAGCUGGCGCUUCCCCACUGUCAUAUGCCGCACGCCAUUCCGUGAAGACAGAUUAUGACACCAAGAUCGCAGACAUGACGGAGAAAGUCAAGAAGAUCUUGAAGAAUGAGAACUUCAAGUUUGAACCAGAAUUUGAUGAUCUUGGAAAAGCUUUGAAGGGUGGGAAGGGUGUGCGCGAUGAUUGGGAGACGAACUUGGGGAGUUUUGCGAAGGGGUAUUAUGAUAGUUUCAUUGAUGUGUUGGAGAGGGAGAAGUUUGCUGAGGAUGAGUUGCUCAGAGAGGGGCUUGAGGAGGGUGCACCUGCUGGCGUCGUGAAGUUGAGGGUUGUGGAGAAGCUGGCUGGCGGAAGUGGGGCCAAUGGGUAUAAUGAGAUUCUGAUCGAGGAUGGAAAGUUGGUGAUUCAGACUACUCCUGCGAACUGGGGAACGAACAUUUCUUAUGCUUGUGAGAAGUUGGUGGACAUCCUAUAG